AUGAAUGGUGUUUCGAGUAGAACUCGAAGUAAGAAUGUUCCGCUCUUCGGUAGUCUUUCACUUCAUGGCUCGUGUUCGUUGAAAACUAAGCGUAGAAAAAGUGAUAUGGAUUUGAGCUCUAAAAAAAGAAAGACAAAUAAAGAGCCUUUUGUGUUGCAUGGACAUGUUGAUGUUAUUUUCAUUGACAGUGACGAGGAAGGAGAUCAAGAGUCGUUGAAAUAUUGUGAUAAGAAGUUUUCUGAGGCUAGUGUGGAACAAGUUGAUAAUGGUGAUGCUGGUGAGGUUGGAGAUGAGGAUUGGUUGAGAUAUCGUAACAAGAAUAUUGUUGAUGAUGGUGGUGAAGGAGGGUUGGAAGAUUGUGAAAAAAGUGAAAGCUUUAAUGAUGAAAAGUAUGGUUUGAUGUCUGAAAACCCGGUUAUAGUUUCAGAGGAUGAUGAAUAUGAUGAUAAUGAAGAAGAUGAAUGUGAUGAAAGUGAAGAGAGUGAGGAAGUUGAGACUAGUGAUGAAGAAUUUAAAGUUGAUGAGAAAGAAGAGAAGAAAAAGGGUUGGAAGCAGGAGGAGAAGAAGGAAUCCAUGGAUAAAAAAUGUUUGAAUCAAAGCAGAGUUUUUAUGCCGAAGGAGACGCGUUUAGUCGAGCUCCUUGCUGAAUACUAUUGGGGAAACAAGAAUGAUAAAAUUCAGAAUGAUUCAUCUGUGUUGGAGAUGAAAGAUGUUAUUCGGCAUGAUAAACAUCCACCACCUGUUUGUAAUGGGACAGCUCCAUUGAUAUGGAGCCUUAAGAAGACGGAGAAAGUGCAAAAGACCAAGAGCGAGGAGGAGGAGGAAGCACUAUGGGAUCAAAUGGAUGCAACUCUUAGAGAACUAGAAGCUGAAUCAACGAUGGGAAAUUUAGGGAACAAUGAAGCUGCUCAGGAAAAGAUUGGAAGUCCAUUCUCAGACUGUGAACAUGACAUUCGUCUCGACGAAGAGAUUGGUGUAUAUUGCAGGCGGUGUGGUUGGGUUGUCACUGAUAGUAAAGAUGUCUCACCACAAGUGGUUGAUAGAUUUCCUUAUGAAGGUUCGAGACACAGGGCUUCAUUUGGUGAUGCAAAUGUCUCACACUUUCAUGACUCCCACUUCAAUGUUUCUGAACAUGACUCCGAGACUAAUUUUUCUUACGAUGGAAGAACAGCUUGGGACCUGAUUCCUGAUGUAAAACAAACCUUAUAUUCUCACCAACAAGAAGGUUUUGAGUUUAUUUGGAACAAGUUAGUUGGAAACAUCGAGCUUCAAGGGUUAAAGAAAGCCAAUCUUCAAAGGGAGGGUGGUUGCAUUAUUUCACACGCUCCUGGAACUGGAAAGACAAAGCUGACAAUAAUGUUUCUCAAGGCUUAUUUAAAACUUUUUCCGAAAUGCUUGCCUGUCAUUGUGGCUCCUGCGGGUUUAUUGCUUACUUGGGAAGACGAAUUCAAAAAAUGGGACAUAGGUGUUCCAUUUCACAAUUUGAACAAUCUUGAGUUAUCUGUUAAAGAGCAUGAAGAUGUUGUUAAUGCAACUAAUUGGUCUAAUACACCGCGGCAUAGUAGGGACGAGACACGAAUGGCUAAACUCAUUUUGUGGUUCAAAGAAACAAGCAUUUUGGGAAUCAGUUACAGUUUGUUCAAGGAGCUAGCAGGCAGAGAAGGGGAAUCCGAAAAUAAGAAAAAAGAAAACAGUUCUAUGAGAAAGGCUUUACUAGAAGCUCCUGGUUUGUUGGUUCUAGAUGAAGGACAUACGCCAAGAAAUGCAAGAAGUCGUGUUUGGAAGGUCUUGUCAAAUGUUCAAACAAAGAAGAGAAUUAUGCUUUCUGGAACUCCUUUCCAGAAUAAUUUCUUGGAAUUGUACAACACUUUCAGCAUAGUGAAGCCUUCUUUUCCUAACACGAUACCGCCCAAGCUGAAAAAGUUUUGCCAAAAACAUAAGAAAGCAGCAAACGAAUCUGGAAACAGUACAACAGGAAAUCCUACUGAUGAUAAGAUCAAGCAUUUGAAGUUGCUAAUGGAUCCCUUUGUUCAUGUUUACAAAGGCGCGAUUCUUCAAGAGAAGCUUCCCGGGUUAAGAGAUUGUGUGCUUCGUUUGAAGCCGGACAGUUUUCAGAAGCAAAUUCUUGAGAGCAUUCAAAGUUCUCAGGACAUUUUAAGCUUUGAGCAUAAGCUGAUACUGGCAUCGAUCCAUCCGUCUCUAUUCCUUAAAUGCAAACUUUUGGAAGAAGAAGAAUCUGUUGUCGACAAGAAACAGCUUGAAAAACGUAGAUUGGAUCCAUAUGUCGGCGUCAAAACAAAAUUUUUGGUGGAGCUUGUAAAUCUUUGUGUUGCUGUUAAUGAAAAAGUUCUUGUGUUUAGCCAAUUCAUCCCCCCUUUACGCUUAAUUGUUGAGCAAUUAAACUCAAUCUUCAAUUGGGCCGAGGGGAAGGAAAUACUCUACAUGGAUGGCAUGAUUGCUCUGAAGGAAAAGCAGUCUUUAAUCCAUAACUUCAAUGAUGCAAACGGCCAAGCUAAGAUUCUACUUGCAUGUACGAAAGCUUGUUCCGAGGGAAUUAGCUUAGUUGGAGCCUCAAGGGUUGUGCUACUUGAUGUUAUGUGGAAUCCUUCGGUCGAACGACAGGCUAUCAGUAGAGCAUAUAGGAUUGGACAAGAGAAAGUCGUGUACACGUACCAUCUGCUCAUGCACGAGACUAGCGAUUGUGUCCGAUAUUUCAAACAGACCGAAAAGGACCGGUUGUCUGAACUAGUAUUUUCGGAUAAUGACAAGGGAAAAAACCAUGCGGUGAACUUUGAAGAUGGUAUACUUGAUCGAAUGCUUCAGCACGAAAAACUUAAAGACAUGUUUGUUGAGUGUGUGGUACAGCCGAAGGAAAGAGAUUUGGUCGAGAGUUAUUAUUAUUGA